AUGAAUACCACAACUGGCUUUGUUAAUCUAAUGUAUUGUCAAUCUUCAGUUGAUCUUGAGUCACCCAAACCAGCUUGGUUCGGGUCGCAAGGUCCUGAUGAGUUUGUUUUCCACCCUGGUGUCGAGUCUUCUUUCCAACCUGGUGUCCAGUCUGCUGUCCAGCCUACUGUCGAGUCUGCUAACAAAAAGAGGAGGAAAUGGUCUCCUAAUGAGGAUAAAAUCCUCAUUGGUGCUUGGCUUAACACCAGCAAAGACCCCGUUGUCAGCUGUGACCAGAAAGCUGAACGUUUCUGGAAGAGAAUUGUUGACUACUACAACGCAAGCCCUCAACUGGUUGGGACAGUACCUAGAGAGCUUGGUCCAGCGAAGCAGCGGUGGGCUAGGAUUAACGAGCAGGUCUGUAAGUUCGUUGGAUGCUAUGAGGCGGCGUUGAGGGGGCAGAGAAGUGGUCAGAAUGAAGAUGAUGUGAUGAAAGCAGCCCUCGACUCAUUCUUCAACAUUUAUGAGCACAAGUUCAGCCUCGAACAUGCGUGGAGGGAGCUGAGGCAUGACCAGAAAUGGUGCACCACCUAUAUGGUUAAAGAUGGUGGGAAGGAGAAGCGCAAACCAGUGGUGGACGUUGAUACAGAAGAUGAUGUUGCCGAACCUGAAAGCAGACCAGUUAGUGUGAAAGCUGCUAAAGCAGCUGGUAAGAGGAAGAAGAGUGGCAAGGAAGAAGAGAUGUCACAGCUUCAGUCCAUCAUGGAAAUGAAAGAAAAGCUCUCUAAACAAAGCUCUCCAAAAAAGAUCCUCUCUCCGAGAUGGAAGAAUCUCUUAAACUGA